GCAAACCUCCGGUCCGGGUCAGUGUCUCACACUGUCCAGAGCAUGUAUGGCUGCGACAUCAGUCCCGACGGGCGCCUCCUCCACGGGUACAGACAAUUCGCCUACGACGGCGUCGACUACCUCGCCCUGAACGAGGACCUGACCUCCUGGACCGCGGCCGACAUGGCGGCUCAGAUCACCAAGAGCAAGUGGGAGGCUACCCGUUUUCAUGAGCGUAGGAGUAACUACCUGGAGGGGGAGUGCAUGCAGUGGCUCCGCCUUUACCUGGAAAAAGGGAAGGAGAUCCUGCAGCGCGCAGUCCCUCCAAAGACACACGUGACCCACCACCCCGUCUCUGACCAUGAGGUCACCCUGAGGUGCUGGGCGCUGGGCUUCUACCCUGCGGACAUCAGCCUGACCUGGCAGCGUGACGGGGAGGACCAGACCCAGGACAUGGAGCUGCUGGAGACCAGGCCUGCGGGGGACGGCACCUUCCAGAAGUGGGCGGCCGUGGGGGUGCCCCCUGGAGAGGAGCAGAGAUACACGUGCCAUGUGCAGCAUGAGGGGCUGCCCGAGCCCCUGACCCUGAGAUGGGAGCCACCUUCUCAGACAUUCAUCUUCAUCAUCAUGGGCAUCGCUGGGGGCCUGGUUCUGCUGGGAGCCAUGGCUGGAGCUGUGAUGUGGUGGAGGAGGCAUUCAGGUGCUAAAGGAGGGAGCUACGCUCAGGCUGCCAGCAGUGACAGCGCCCAGGGCUCUGAUGGGUCUCUCUCGGCUUCUAAUGCGUGAGGCGGCUGCCUUGUGGGGGCUGAGUGAUGGAAGAUGUUCACGCUCCCACUUCCUGACUCAAGAACCAGCCCAGCCGCAACCGGUUUGG